AUGGACUCAAGCACCGCCGCCCAUCACACGAGCACUUCCGUGGCAAUAUCCAUAGCCUGUCUGGUACUGGUUGCAGCAUUCUCGGUCCCUGCACUGUCCCAGUACCUCGCGAGGGUGCGGGCGAGGAAAGACCAGCAUCAGAGCACGUCGGAUCACUACGAGGAUGAAGAUGGUAUAGCCACCGCAGAAUCUGAAGAGGCCUAUUCUGAUUUUAUUCCGCGUUUGCUGCUGGUCCUGAUAUCUACUGUCGCUUGUCUUGAUGCCCUGGCCACUGCCGUCUUGACCACUACUCGUCCGCAACUGUCACUCACAAUCGAGCAGUGGGUUCAGUUUACAACUUGGUUGCUGCUACUCUUCCAAGCAGUCGCCAUUUCCUUUACCCCCUCCUCCCUACGUCGCUACAAUCUAGGGCUUUUGUCGGGCGCCUCUGCUCUCUCCCUUGUGGUGGCCGUGGCCGUUGAGAACAUAUCGCUGUGGCAAUCUAACGUCAGCCCGCUGCCAACCAAUGCUCAUCUGAUCCUCUCAAUCGUCCAACUGGUCUGUGGACUGCUCCUUGUCUUUGCUAGUCUCUCCAUUCCCCGUCGCCCAGAUGUAUUUUGGCACGGGAAACCCGUCGAUCGUCAGAACACAGUCUCUGUCCUCGAAAAAUUCACCUUCUCAUGGCCUUCCCCAAUCCUCGCUUAUGCGGUCAAGAAUAGGGGGCUUGACUACGAUGAUCUUCCAGAGAUAGAUCACGAAGUACGCUCACGACAGUUGAGACAACGCUUUCAGGCCGUCGGAAGGAAGGACAAGCUAUGGAAAACCCUCUUCUUGUCGCACAAAUGGGCCUUCAUCCAACAGUGGACUUUUCAAAUCGUCUGCUCUAUCACUAACUUCCUUCCCCAAAUUGCGCUCUACUUCAUUCUGCGUGCGCUGGAAGCUCGGGAUCAGGGAGAAAAUGUGGCUCUCACGUCAUGGCUGUUGGUCAUCGGGCUCGGUACGGCCGUCACCUUUUCGUCCUGGCUGGAGGCUUGGAUGUUCUUUGUGGUCUUCAUGAAAAUCGGUGUCCCCAUCUAUGAGCAGUUAGCAGCUGUGGUCUUUGGCAAGGCCAUCAAACGAAAAGAUGUCAAAGGUGCUGGCAAGAAGCACGAACCGACGGCGCCGACUGGCAACGCUCUAAACGGCGAAACCGUGGUGAACGAGAACGCGGGUCAAAAGGGUGAAGAUCUGACUGCUCCCGCUGACGAGGAUGAAGAUUUCCAAAAGUCCAGACAGAGCACCAUCAACCUGGUUGGUGUCGAUGCGAAGAGAAUCGCGGAUUUUGCCACGUUCAACUACAUCAUCCUUGGUUCUGUGGUCAAACUGGCCUUUGCCUUUUGGUUCCUGGCGAAACUGAUCGGUCCAAUCCCACUGCUGGCAGGGUUGGUCGCGCCGGUCAUCAUCACGCCAAUCAACAUCAUCGCCUCUCGUCGGUAUGCAAAUGCCCAGGAGAGAUUAAUGAAACAACGCGAUCAAAAGAUGGCUGUGGUGACUGAAGCACUCCAGGGAAUUCGGCAGAUCAAGUUCAGUGCUCUGGAGCGAAACUGGUACGAAAAGAUACUCGAUACCAGAAGAAAAGAGCUGAAGACGCAAUGGCAAGUCUUCGUCUACGAUACCACUUUGCUAAGCAUCUGGAUUUUUGGACCUGUCAUGCUCGCAGCGAUCUCCUUGUCGACUUACGCUUUAAUCAAUAAGGAGUUGACGGCCUCUGUAGCUUUCACCACGAUUUCAGUCUACGAGGCGAUCGAAAUGACUCUGGCCGUCAUUCCAGAAAUGGUAACGGAUCUUAUGGAUGCUGUUGUGUCAGCCAGACGAGUCCAGGAGUAUCUUGAUGCACCUGACCGGACGGAGACUACCAAACCUGGUGAAACAGUAUCCUUCAGGAAUGCCACAGUCGCCUGGCCCUCAGACGAUCACAAGCAAGAAACGGACCACUUCACAUUGCGCAAUCUGAAUCUCGAGUUCCCCAAGGGCGAACUGAGCGUGAUAUCUGGCCGCACGGGAUCUGGCAAGAGCUUACUUCUCGCAUCCAUCAUUGGUGAGGCCGAUGUCCUGGAAGGCGAAGUAGUCGUUCCGAGAGCACCACCCACAUCUGAACGACACGACGCCCAGGCCCACAAGGGGAACUGGAUCAUCCCGUCUGCAAUUGCCUUUGUGGCUCAGAUACCUUGGAUCGAAAAUGCAACCAUCCGAGACAAUAUCUUGUUCGGCUUGCCCCUGGAUAACGACCGGUACCAGAAGGUGCUUCAAGCAUGCGCCCUCACAAAAGACCUGGAAAUGCUUCAAGAUGGCGAACUCACCGACAUUGGCGCCAACGGCAUCAAUCUGAGUGGCGGCCAGAAGUGGCGUGUGUCAUUUGCGCGGGCGUUGUACUCCAGAGCCGGCAUUCUAAUUCUGGACGACAUUUUCUCUGCAGUCGAUGCCCAUGUUGGGAGACAUCUCUUCGAGGAGGCCUUGACGGGAGAACUCGGACGAGGCCGGACAAGGAUUCUAGUCACCCAUCAUGCCGCUCUUUGUCUGCCGAAGACAACCUACAGUGUUCUCCUGACGAACGGCACGGUCGAAGAAGCAGGCAAAACCGAAGACUUGCGUCGGAGCGGGAAGCUUGGGUCUCUUCUAGCCCAAGAUCUGGAGGAACAAGAAAAAGAGGAGGAAGCAGUCGAUCGCGAGCAAGCCCUCGCCAUCGACGACGGCGGUGGGCUGCAGAAACUACUCACCAAUCAAUCAAGGCGGUCAAGAAGGAAAUCAGCUCUCAGCGACGUAGGAGAAGAUAUCACGCGCCGACGCUCUCGAGCCGACUUGAAUGAUUCUCAGCAGCCCAGCGCUCCCAAGAAGUUUACCGAAGACGAAGGCCGAGAGACGGGUGCCAUCAAAUACCAGAUCUACGCGGCUUAUAUUCGAGCAUGUGGUGGCUUCAGCUACUGGCUUUUCAUCUUGUUCGUCUUCGGCCUCUGGGUGGCUGUCUAUCUGGCCCGUUCAUACUGGAUCAGCAUCUGGACACGAUCUUAUCAUACAGAAUCACUCCUCCAUGGUCGAUUGCUGCAACAAUCCAUGGGAGCUCUGCACCAUGUACAAUCUCGACUUGCAGCCACAGAGCUCGACCCGGACCUGCGAUACUAUUUGAGCGUCUACCUAGGGAUUUCCCUGUUGGCCUGGGUGAUCGGGACAGUGCGGUACUUCUGCGUGUUUCUUGCCUCGAUCCGCGCAUCCAAGGUGCUCUUCGAAAAGCUGGCCUUCGCGGUGCUCCGGGCGCCGCUGCGCUGGCUGGACACGGUGCCCCUUGGCCGGAUACUCAAUCGGUUCACCUCGGACUUCAACAUGCUCGACUCGCGCAUUUCCAUGGAUUUGGCCUUCAUGUUGCACAACAUGAUGCAGGUUCUGUCCGUGGUGAUUGCAGCCGUUUUUGUGUCGCCUUUCAUGAUCGUGUUUGCCAUUGCACUGCUUGUCAUUUCGACCAUCUACGCAGUUCGGUACCUGUCAGGGGCUCGCGAAGUCAAACGACUGGAAAGUAACGCGAAGUCGCCCGUUUUCGAGCAAUUCGGAUCCGUCCUCAUGGGGAUCGGCACGAUCCGUGCCUUUGACAAGGCCGACGCAUACCUGGACAGGAUGUUUGCCCGCAUUGACAAGCACUGUCGGGCAUACUGGCACCUGUGGCUCUUCAACCGCUGGAUGGGCUGGCGCUUGAACAUGGUCGGCGCAGUAUUUGCGGCCAUCACAGCGGCACUGAUUGUGAGCAUCACGUCCAUCGACUCGUCUCUGGCGGGAUUUGCGUUGAGCUUUGCUCUCGGCCUCUCGGAAGGCGUCAUCUGGGUGCUUCGACAAUACUCCAACGUGGAGCUGGACAUGAACGCGACCGAACGCAUCGUCGAAUACAGCCAAAUCACGAUCGAGAAUCAAGGCGGCGCCGACGCUCCCGCGGCAUGGCCCACAGAAGGCAAACUGGAAGUGCACGACCUCGUCGUCACCUACGCUCCAGACCUGCCGCCCGUGCUGAAAGGCGUGACCUUCAGUGUGGCGCGCAACCAGCGCGUCGGCGUGGUAGGUCGUACCGGAGCCGGCAAAUCAUCCCUGACGCUUGCGUUGUUCCGCUUCCUCGAAGCCCAGUCCGGCAGCAUCGUCAUCGACGGCAUCGACAUCUCCACCAUCAAAUUGUUCGACCUACGAUCCCGCCUGGCCAUCAUUCCGCAAGACCCUGUCCUGUUCUCAGGCACGGUGCGCAGCAACCUCGACGCCUUCAACGAGCACUCCGACACGGAACUCCGUGAAGCGCUUGCCCGAGUCCACCUAAUCGCCUCUCCCUCCGCCGUCACCACCAGCACUAAUCCGUCAUCCGUCGUGCCCAGCGGCAGCGCCACUCCUACCGACAAUGAAGAAGCGACAAAUCAUACACCGACCAUCAAUCCGAUCCCCAACAAAAACAUCUUCCGCUCGCUAUCGUCCAAGAUCUCCGAAGGCGGACUCAACCUCUCGCAAGGCCAGCGGCAACUGCUGUGCCUCGCGCGCGCCAUCGUGUCCCGGCCCAAAAUCAUGGUCCUCGACGAAGCCACCAGCGCCGUCGACAUGGAGACCGACGCCCUCAUCCAGCGCAGCAUCCGCGAGGAAUUUACCGACAGCACACUGCUCGUCAUCGCCCAUCGGCUCAGCACCAUCGCCGAUUUCGACCGCAUCUUGGUCCUCGGCGAAGGCAAGGCCGUCGAAUUCGACACCCCUGCCAACCUGAUGAGGAAGGAAGGCGGCGUGUUUAGAGAUAUGGUCGAGACGUCGGGCGAGAGGGCGGAGCUGGAGAAAAUCAUCAACGACGAAGAGAAAGGGUCCAACGGUGCUGCUGCGAAUGGGAAGUGA